AUGGUCAAGUUUCCCGAAAGCCGGCGGCAGUGUGACCAGCUGAGGUUCACUGUGGUUGACCCAAGAAACAGCGGGCCUGCUCUGCCACCUGCCAUUCGUGUGACCCGGGUCCAGGCCCUUGCUUACUCUCCAGGCUGCGGCGUGUGUCCUCCUGCCCUUGUAGGCUUCACGUGGGUAGCUGUGGCAUCUGUGGCUCCUCGGCCUUCAUCCUGUGCCCUUGGCUCCCACCAGCUUCCCUCCAAAGCCAUGUCUGCCAAGGUCUCCAACAGGAAAAGAAACGCAGGGAGAGCUGUUCCCUGGAUUCCCGGUCCCAAUGACGUAGCUUUGCUUUUGAGGCAAAAACACACAUUGCUACAAGUCAGAGAGAAAGGAGACCUUCCUUUACAGAGACGACAAGACCUCAAGCAGUGGAAAAGCCCCCCGCUCCAGCGUGUGGCCAAGGAGUCGAGGGUGGAAUGGCAGGAGGCCCCAAACCAACGAGUCCAAGGCCUGGGAAGGCUGUGUUUCACACAUCUGUUAAAUAUGGGAGGAGGAUGGGCCAAGGAACCCGAACCUGACUCAAAGGGGCCGGCCUGGCGAGGAGCAGCCUGGCCGCCAAGGGCCUGCAGGAAGCUGACAGCAGCCUGCAGGGAAGAGAAGAGUUCCCAAAGAGACCCGGUCAGGCUGCAGCCCUGGGACACCAAGCCCCAGAGGAGAGCACUGGGUGCUGAGAAGAAGGGGGCUAGCAAAGCCGCCGGCCUGCCACAUCUUCCCCCGAGCCUCCCUGAGAAGAAUAAGAGGAAACAAGGGCCUUCAAGGAAGACCGGCAGUGGCCGCCGUGCCACUGACCCUCGGGUGAGAGGAGGCCUGGAUGUGGGAAAGCUCUGGACUGCUGCAGGGGAGACCGCGCUCCUGGAGGAAAGGGAGAAAGACGUCACCCGCGACGGGAGGAGGCAGCAGGGCAGGAGUACUGCCUGUCUUGUUCAAGGCCCGAAAAACAACUUUCUGGAUCAGAGUCCCAAGGGCCAAGAGGAUGGCCUGGAACAGCUGUGGCCAGUCGGCUCCGCCCGAGGAAGGGAAACCGCGCCCCAGGCAUCUCCGUGCCAUCGCAGCGACAAGAGCAAGUGGCAGCGAGAGCUGGAGUUUGCCUUCGAGGAGUUGUUUAACACAAACAGAAAGCUGAAAAGACACCUGAGCUUGUACCUUGAACCCAGGCCGGGGAUGCAUCAGAACCCCGGCGAAGAACAGGGCUUCUCAGAGAUGCACAGACAGAGAGCUGAGUCCUGGAGAGAGAAGACGGUAGUCGAUGUGGAAACGGCAAUGGUGCCCGCAGGGGAAGCCAUGAGUCCAGCGGAGGGGGGCGCCCACCAGGCGCCGCCCAAAACUGACCUGCAAGAGCUACUGAGCAAGCCCGAGAACCAGAAAUAUCGGAGGACGGUCAAGGCCGGGUUCAAGAACGAGAGUCCACUGUCGUCUACGGAGGCAGGAACAUUUGUCAGUGAGGAGCCUCUGGUCUCGAGCAGCACGGAGUCCAGACACGAAGUGCCUGGGCUGGACACGCUCUCCCUCCUGCUCCACCCACAAGAACAAGCAGACAGAGCUGGCUCGAUGGCAUCCAGGCAAAAGCAGAAAAUGGAGAUGGAGCAGAGAAGACUAACGCAGCUGGAGUUGCCUGAACAAACCCAACAGCCAGCGAUGAGCUUGAGCUUGGAGGCCUGCUACCAGCCCGAGCUAGGACAGGAGAGGCGGGGACAGACAAGCGCUCGUCUGGCUCAUCUCACAGCCUCCUCCUCUCCAGACCAGGACAAGGAAGGAGGAUGUGAGCUCAGUCCUGCUUCCCCCCGGGCCACCAGCAUCAUCGAUGACGAUGACAGCUAUGACUUUGAUGACGACGGGCACAGCCACAUGAUCCGUGACCUUCAACAGCACAUUUUAGAGCAAAACAUGUUGCACAAGCAGUUUCUUGAAGAAGCCCGGAAACGCUUGCAAGAGUUUCAGAGAAUAUGUUAAAAGCACGAGUCCCACCCUCGAUAAACAUAUCACUGAUGUCUGGGCGUGAUGCCAGCACUGGUACCUAAGUCUGAGACCCGUGUUUGCUUCGUCUGCUCAGGAAGCACUGGGCCCCUUUACUCAUUCCCUAACCUUGCGUUUAAAACGAAGCCCUGCUCUGGAAGGCUCCUGAGCACAGAACAGGAACCCAGGUGGGUGCGGUGACGGGUCUGGCCAGUGCAGCGCAGAGGUGGGUCCCAGAGCUGCGGCUGUUUUCCUGGGCACAGACCGGAAGUCCAGGUAAAGUCAGCACUUCAGAUGUCUUAAGCGAAUAAACACUGGACUUUCAGGGACAUCCAAGGUCAGACAGGCACAGUUUCAAAAGAUACAUCAUCUGUUGUUUAGCCACUGGGUGAGGCAUUGACUUAACAAACCUUUCCUGGUCUUUCAAACCAACAAAAU